GCGUAUAUCAGUUAUGUUAAACCGUUUUAAAAUUUGAUCUCAACUUCUAUUUGGGUGAAUCACUGGUGUCAGAGUUUACGCCAAUCCGUGUUUUUGUGUAAACCUGAUUCCACCAUCUAUAGUGAAAUAUGCGUGCUGCGGCAGAAUUUUGUGGCCAAAGUGCAGUGUGCCACAUUGCGUGACAUACUUUAUCCGACCGUCUGAUUUUAUCUUACCUUGAGCGGUCAUUACCACCAGCUGACAUUCCAGCCAUGGGCAAAUAGGCAGAGUGUAACACAACUACAACAUGAUGAAAAAGAAACCGAAAAAGCAAGCUGUGACAAAGUCAAAGAAGCCCUCAGCGAUGGGCAAAGGCAGGAAGCACAAGGUGGCAGGUGGCGGACGGCCAAACCCCGUCCAGAAGAGUGGGCCGCAGAAGCCCAAGGCCCGUCCGCCGGCGUCGGUGGACAACGACAUGGAUGAGCGGCACCAGAGGAUCCGGGACCUGCGGCGCUCGCUGGGCAUGUCGGUCCCCUCGGCGGGCCGGACGCGCGCCGACAGUGGGGACGAGCCGGCCGCAGAGAACGGCCCAGCCAGAAUAGACACCGAAGGCUUGGAACACCUGAUCAAGGCAGCCAAACGUGGACGCAUGUCUCUCAUUGAGGAUGCAGCCGAUGAAACCGAGGCAGCUGGGAAGCGCAAGCGUGACGCGGUGCCCAGCGACGCGUCCAGGAGGAAACGGAAGCCCGCCCACUCUGACGACGAGGAUUCCUCGGACGCCGAUGUGGAGAUGGCAUACGAGAAAACGCCCCGUGCCUUCCCCGUCGUCCGAGAUUUGCUGCCGAUCAAGACCAAGAAGGGCGUUGUAAAGCGCAAAAUGCUGGUGCAAAAGGAGGAGGAGACCGCCGAGCAGGAGCAGGAGCAGGAGGAGGAGGCGACGGCGCUAGCCGGCCCGCCUGCCGACGGCGUCAGGAGCGUGGCUGAACUCUUCGCCGAACGACGAUCCAAAAUCGACGCCGCCAAGCUUCGCAUCGGGUCUGCUGUCGCGCGCGCUCCUGGAGGCGCCCCAGGAGAAGGCGAGUCGGCUGUCGGCUGGCGCGGGCUGGCCACUGGCUUUUGGCUGGGGCCGGGCGUGCCUCGCCAGCGGGUCCGACUGGGCAGACUUACGACAACCUGCACCGUCCUGCUGGAUCUGCUGUCCGAGUCGGACCCGGCCGUGAUGGUGACGGUGCGGAAGUACGCGGCCGCCUCGCUGCUGGAGGUGUUCAAAGACCUGCUGCCCUCCUACCGGCUGCAGGAGCACGACAUGACGGAGCGCCUGAAGAAGGACACGAUCGCCGUGUACAAGUAUGAGAACGGGCUCGUCAACGGCUACAAGAAGUACCUCAUCAAGCUGGAGGAGUACACAAAGGCACUGAGCUCCGACCAGGCGCCGUUGAAGGGCCUGGCCGUGUUCUGCCUGGACUGCCUGUGCCAGUGCCUGGUGCGCUUCCGCGACUUCAACUUCGCCUCGAACCUGGUGGCGGCGCUGGUGCCCCACACCAGUCACCGGGACGCGGCCGUGCGUGCCGCCGUCUGCGCCGCCCUGCGCACCGUCUUCGCCGAUGACCGCAUCGCCGAGCGCUCGCUGGAGAUCGUGAGGAAGAUUAGCCAGCUGAUCAAGGCCAAACACUACGACUGUCGACGGGACAUCACGGACCUGUUCUUGGCGCUGCGCAUCCGGAAUGUCAACCUGGACAAGGAGCGGCAGGACGACAUCAAGGCCAAGAAGUUCAUGACCUACAAGGAGAAACUUAAGAACAUGUCGCGGAAAGAACGGAAGAGGUCCAAGAAGUUGGAAGCGCUGGAACGGGAACUGCUGGCAACUAAAGCAGAGGAGAACAAGCAGGACAAGGUGAAGCGCCACACGGAGAUCCUCACCAUCGUCUUCACCGUCUACUUCAAGAUCCUGAAGCAGAUGCCGAGGUCGGCUCUGAUGGCCUCUGUGCUCGAAGGAUUGGCCAAGUUCGCGCACAUGAUCAACGUGGACUUCUUCCACGACCUGGUGGAAAGCUUCCACGGCCUGCUGGCGUCGCACUGCCUGGCGAGCACGCGCGAGGUGCUGCUGUGCGUGCAGACUGUGUUCACCAUGCUGUCGGGUCAGGGCGAGGCCAUCAACAUCGACCCGCAGCGUUUCUACGGCCACUGUUACCGCGCGCUCAGCAGCGUCCGGCUGGACGACGCCAGCGACGAGCUGGCGAUCGCUCUCGCCUCUCUGGACGUCAUGCUGAUCCGGCGGCGCAAGAAGAUCUCGCCGCAGCGUGUGCUGGCGCUGACGAAGCGGCUGGCGUCGGUGGCGCUGCGGGCGCCGCACCCGGCCGCCGCCGCCCUCCUCAUGCUGAAUCAGGAGCGUCGCCAUGUGUCGGUGCACUCCAGCACGGGCCGCCUGCUGGACACGGAGUCGGUGGCGAGCGGCCUCUACCGGCCGGACGUGGAUGACCCAGAGUACUGUGGCGCCGGCAACACUCUCCUCUACGAGCUCACGCUGCUACGGCGGAGCUACCACCAGCCGGUGCGGACGCUGGCCGCCCACGUCAUGCUCGGCUGUCCUGUCCAGGGUGACUUCGCCCUGUCGGUGACGCUGCGGCAACAAUCGGCGACGGAGGUGCUGGACACGUACGACACGAAGGAGAUGCGGUUCACGCCGGCCGUCACGCCGCCUUCGAUUGUCAAGAAGCGGACCAAGAAGACGAAGCAGCAGCGGGACGCCGAGUCCGGGUGGCUGGUGUCGCAGCUGGAGGCGGCGGAGACGGUGGUGCUGGACACGAGGCUAGACUUCGCCAAACACCUACUGGCCAGCUGACUCCGGCGGCGGCGCGCGUGGGGUGUACCCGAUGUGGGGUAUGAUGGCAACUGUCAUUUUCGGAAUACAGUAUGGGACGAGA